ACCACUCGACCGCACACUGAAGGUUUUACAUUUCAACAUUUCAACAGUCCUCGACACGCAACAUGGAACUUUAUAGCAACCCCGAAGAAUUUAUGUCGAGAGUUUUCUUGCGCUCUUCCAGAGGUCGAAAUGUCGAAAUACGCAAUGAGUUUGCCGACGCUUCGGAGACCUGCUUCGUUCGGCUUGCGGCACAAUAUGCUGCAGGGUGUCUCUCUCUGAGCGAUUACCUAGAAGGAGUGCUGUCUCACCUGAGGAAAGGAGCGAUAAAGCACAAGUGGGAUGUACCAUCAGAAGAUUUCAGCGACUUACUAGAGCUGGAUCUCUUUGCCGGGGCUGUCAAAUCACGACAUCUCGAUUCUGCUUUCAUCCUCUUAGAAGAACAUGACUACUCUCAGGCAAAACGUCUUGCUUCCAGAGCAUGGGCCACAAAUGAUCCAGACGAGUUUGACCGGCUCUGUAGAGAGGACCAGACCGACCCGUCAGCGUUAUCACCGGAGAUUGCCGACCUCUUGCUGAUCAUCUGCUACGCCAGGCGACACACGCUUUUGUUUCGAUACCUUAUUGACGAGAUAAGUCUAUGGACUAAUAUUCUUAACUUCGGGUGGGUGCAUGACCCCGUGAACUCGGAAACGCAGCGGUUCCUCCAUUAUGGGAUACGUAGCCAAGAUCCCGGACUUGAAAGAGACGGCAGCGUCGCAUUCGGUAGCCAGAAACUACGGGAAUUCCAUCUCGCAUUGGCCUCUAGGGGAAUUUACUGCGACGUGGCAUCACUCGGUGAUUAUCUGGCGUGUUGCAGGUCUCUCGACCAAGCCAUCGACUUCCUCACGGUAUUCCCCGGGAACAAAGUGGGGCCUUCGGACCGUGGCUUGUACGAAUGGGAGUCUGGCGGCUUAGUGGGUAGUAUCGUCAAUUCCCCGACUCUGAAUGGGAAGUUGCGGACGGACAUCAUGAAUCUCGCUCUUGAGUCCAUCAAAGGCGUGGAUGUUAACGCCCUAUUUACCUCCAAUAUAUGGGAAGAUGAUUUACCAGGAAGGAAACGGACGCCUCGUAUGACCGGUCUACAGGUCGCGGCUUGUAAAGGGGACCGAGAGCUUGCCAAGGCUUUGAUUCGGCACGGGGCCCGAUCUGACAUAGUGGAGCACAUAACAGGAUUGAACGCAGCGGGAUUUGCACGGAACAACGGGCAAGUGAACUUCGCGAGAUGGCUUGACGGGUUGUCUCAGGAGUAA